CUUCAAACCCACAUUGCUCCCACAACGCUUUGCACCCAGCUGCAGGAACAGCAACAGCAGCGCGCACGCCCUUCCUCCCUGGGCCCCUGCCCCCCCUCCCAGUGCUGCAAGCAGGGAGGCCAUGGGUGCUGCUCAGAGGCCCCGGAGGUGGCUCUCACUCCUUCUCCUGCUGUGCUUGAGCCCUGGGGGACCCGGCGCCCACAGUUCAGCACCAAAAGUGGACUGCAUUGUCUUCAAUGAGGAUUACAUGACCUGCGAUUGGGGAAGACAGCAAACACCGAUGGUCUCCUACUCAUUUUACUCCAGGUUUUCUCAUACGCAACUUGAAGAAUGCCAGGACUACUUCCAGAGAGAUGGGAUUCGAGUGGGGUGUCGGUUAAACAUCACCUUUAAUUCCGAGACUCUGUUUUACAAAUUGUAUAUUCAUCUCAAUUCGAGUCACACCAACACCAGUUACAAUGAUACCGUGGAGCUACUCAGCCGAGUGCAAGUCGGGGCGCCCUUCAACCUCUCUGUCAAGGCCCUCGAAAACAACCAACUGCGGCUGAGCUGGAACACCCCGUACAGGAACCCCCGCUGCCUGGAACACGCCGUCGAGUACCGGAGCAACAAGGACGUGAACUUCACGACGCAGAAAACAGAAGAGAUGAACUUCAACGUAGCCAGUGUGGAUCCUGAGAAGCGUUAUACCUUCUAUGUCCGCAGUAAGAUGAAACUCCUGUGUUCCUUCACAGAACUUUGGAGCGAGCCGGGAGGCCCUAUAUAUUGGGGGAAAGAAACUGCACCUUCCAUGCCGUUCUUGCUCCAGAUCAGCCUCUUGCUGGCUUCCUUCUUUCUCCUGAUUCUUCUUGUUUUGAUCCUGCUGCGCAUGGAGAGGGUGCGCUUGGUCCUGAUGCCCGCCAUCCCGAACCCCAGCAAGAAAUUUGAAGAUCUCUUCACCGCGUACCAUGGGAAUUUCUCGGAGUGGGCAGGGGUCUCGAAGGAUGCCCUGGACAUGUUCAAGCCCAGCUAUCACGAAAGCAUCUGCCGUGUCAGUGAGCUGUUCCCUGGGGGUGGCUAUUUGCCCCUGAGCCUGGAUGCCGGGGGCAAGGCUGCCGGGGGGCUGGGCACCUCCGCCGGUCCCAGCCCCAGCCCCACAGCCAACCUGGUCUAGGGGCUGCCUCUGCCUGCAGCGCCGCUUCUCGCACAUCUGGGAGAUUCGGGGACAAGCGGCUCCCUGAUGCUCGUGCCAACUUUCUUCCGAGGCCCUUCCCUGACCGCACCUCCUUGGUCCUUCCUGCCUCUUCUCUGUAAUACCAUCCCAGACCCUCGGCUCCAGCAGCCCUUGAGAAAGGACCAAAGAACCCUCCUUCUUUGGCACGGAUUCUCCUCCUGCCCUUCCCUCUCCUCCAGGCUUGGCCCCCAAGAUUUCCCCCACUGACCUGAAGAAGGGGGCCCCCACCUUCUGGCUGGGCUUUGUCGCAUCUGCGUGAUCUCCAAUUAUGAUACGGGCACACCUAUUAUGCCUUAAUAAUGAUAAUCACAGUGUGCUUUUAUGUUGCAAAUUACCCUGAGUAGUGUCUUGCCAAUAGAUGGACAGGAUUUUUUUGAAAAAGGAAAAAUCCAAUAAAUAAAUAAAUAUAUAAAAUAAAAA